AAUAAAAUAUGAAACUCGUACCAGGUCCCUUACCACCAAUACCCACAAGUACUAGUAUGGAUAGGCUGCCUCUACCAUUGCCAUUCAGUCCAGAUUUACUCUGGAGGUAUCCCUUAGGGUUUCCAUCCAUGAGUCACCAGAAUGCUCCUUCAUCGCCUCUACUAGAUUAUAAAAGUCAAUUACCAUCUUCGCUACCCUCAGACCCGAGAGUGUGGAAUCGAGAAGAUGUCACUACUUUUCUGCAAUGGGCAGAGAGAGAAUUUGAUAUACAACCAAUUGACCAUGAUAUGUUCCAAAUGAACGGCAAAGCUAUGUGUCUUUUAACCAGGACUGAUUUAUCAGAAAGGGCACCUGGAUCCGGGGAUGUUUUACACAACGUUUUACAAAUCUUAGUUCGUGAGGCAAAUAAUUUGCAAAGAAUGCUGCCGAGUAGUCCCGUAACACCAACUUCAAGACACCCAUAUCCCUUGUCACCUCACUCCCAUCCACCAACUCCCAAUUGGAAUAUUCUGUCACAAAAUACAGAAUCAUUCCAUUCCACACAUGCAGCCUCUCUGGCAGCACAUCUUAUGACACAAAGUAAUUCCGUUACUUUGAGUCCCGCACCUUCAGUUGACAGUCAAGCAGGUAGCCCGCAACAUGCUGACAGUCAAAGUUUUACUCACUCCAUCUUUAGUAUGAAUGGUAGUAAUGGAAGUGGCUCCAAUCCCUCCGAUUCGGAUGAAGAUGGGGUGGACAAGAAAGGAUAUAGUGGCAGUCCUCCCAACACACCCAGUGCCUAUUCUCUCAUGCCUCAAGUGCCAUAUAUGCCUCCAAGGAGCCCUAAAGAAGCUGCUUCAAGCCCUGGAGCUUUUAAAGGUUCGGGUCGAGAAUUCUUUCCCAGUGAAUCUUCUGAACCUAAUACAAAUGGCAGGCUUUUAUGGGAUUUCCUUCAACAGCUAUUAAAUGAUCCUGGUCAAAGAUACACAAGUUAUAUUGCUUGGAAAAAUCGUGACACUGGUGUUUUUAAAAUAGUUGACCCAGCAGGGCUCGCAAAAUUAUGGGGAAUUCAAAAGAAUCACCUUUCUAUGAACUAUGAUAAAAUGUCUCGUGCAUUGAGAUACUACUACAGAGUGAAUAUCUUAAGGAAAGUCCAGGGAGAGCGACAUUGUUAUCAAUUUUUGAGGAAUCCUACUGAAUUAAAAAAUAUUAAAAAUAUUUCUCUUCUACGGCAGCAAAUGUCUCCAACAAACACAAAACAUCCACCAAAUUCUGUUAUUCCUCAGAUAACUAUAAAGCCAGAGCCAGCUGAAAUUUCAGACCAUGAAGUUUCUUCUGCCAGAUCAGCUGUGGAAUACGACGACAAACCCACAGAUUUAAGUAUGGAUGGGCCCAGAGACCUAAGUAGUAAUACAAGACAUAUCAAUAUUGUUUGUUCUCCAGAUCCCCCUAUCACAGGACCUCACCACUAGCAUUUAAGUGAUGUCUCUAUCACUUCAACUGUGCAUUAUUUAGCAUGUUUUUUUCUUUUUUGGUGCCAAUAUAAAGACUAUAGGACUUUGUGCAAAAUAGAAAUUAAAUAUUUGUAUAUAUAAAUUUACAUUUCUAAGAUGUAGAAACAGUGCAAUUUGUAUUGUUUUAAAACUAUUGUAUGUGCCAAAAAUUAACUUAUUUUCCAUUGGACACAUUUUUUUAAAAUACAACAUAGGCAUAUGAAUUUAUCUUUUUAAGUUAAUUGACUGAAAAAAAAUAUAUAUGAAAUAGUUGUAUCGUGUGCUACUUUUCUGAAAAGAUUGAGAAAUGUUCGUAAAAUGUAUUAAUAUAUUGAAAAGCCUGAUUAACAUGGCUUUACUGGUGGUACCAGAAGUGGCAGCUUUAAUUUUUUCCCCUUGGAAAAAUAUCACGUGUGUGAUAAAUCGAUGACAAUAUUAUCCAGGAAAAGUGUACAGUAA